ACAUGACGCAGCAUGCUGACGCCUCACUCGCCUGUGCGCAAGCGCACGGCACACAACGCAUAUCCUCGCGGUCCGUUGCGCACGCGCAGAGAGCUUGUCGCCGUGCUUCCGGCGCUGGCUGUGCCGGGGAGUUGCGUUGUGUCGCGCUCUGCGCAUGCGCCCCGAGCGGCGGUGAUGGUCGCGACGAUGUCGGCGCGGGGCGGCGUUGUGUCGCUGGUGCUUCUUUGCCUUCUCGCGUCGCUGCGGGCCCCCAGCGUCGCGGGCUCGGAGGCGGCCGGGACGGCGGAGCCGCCGGGCGGCGCGGGCCCUGGGGAGCGGUUUAAGAUCGAGGGCCGGGCCGUGGUGCCCGGGGUGAAGCCCCAGGACUGGAUCGCGGGGGCUCGGGUGCUCGUGGACGGGGAGGAGCACGUCGGUUUCUUGAAGACAGAUGGAAGUUUUGUGGUUCAUGAUGUACCUUCAGGAUCUUAUGUAGUAGAAGUUAUAUCUCCUGCUCAUAAAUUUGAGCCUGUUCGAGUCGACAUAACUUCAAAAGGGAAAAUGAGAGCAAGAUACGUGAAUUACAUCAAAACCUCAGAAGUUGUCAGGCUGCCAUACCCACUCCAGAUGAAAUCUUCUGGACCUCCUUCAUACUUCAUAAAGAGAGAAUCUUGGGGAUGGACAGACUUCCUCAUGAACCCCAUGGUUGUGAUGAUGGUUCUUCCGUUACUGAUAUUUGUGCUUUUGCCUAAAGUUGUCAACACCAGUGAUCCUGAUAUGAGACGGGAAAUGGAGCAGUCAAUGAACAUGCUGAAUUCGAACCAUGAGCUGCCAGAUGUCUCUGAAUUCAUGACAAGACUGUUUUCUUCAAAAUCUUCCAGCAAGUCUGGUGGUAGUAGCAGUAAAGCAGGGAAAAGUAGUUCUGGAAAAAGGAGGUAGUUAUGUCCUCCUACAGGCCUCCAGAGUUUGCACAACUGUUUGUUAUGUGGUAUCAUGUUUAUUUGUCUUGAAAUAUCAAAAAGCCACUACUGUAACCUUUAAUCAGGCACAAAAUAUGGUAUGCUACAACUGUGGUGUGUAGCUUUUUUUUUUUUUUUUUAAGUCUAUAUAAGCUGCUUUGUACUUGACAGUAAGCAGAAGAAGACAUGGCUUCUGUACAGUAUCUGUAUAAAGUUAUUGAAUUAACUAAUGCUCUGUAGAGAAUGAUAAAAAUUAUAUGAUGUGCUAAACAGUAACGAGUGUCUGUUGCGGAAUGAAUGAGGGGUUACACUCAAGGAGAAAUAGCAGUACGUUUUAUUGUGUGCUGAAUUAUCCCUUGGCUAUUGUGUUGUUUCCUGUCUUCACCUAAACCUGCCUUGAGCCGCCUAUUGUGACCACACGCAUCCAUCACAGCUGCCACCAAAGGUUGUAACUUGAGCAGGGUUAUGGAAUGGGUGAAAGAUUGGGGAAGUGGGGAAGCAAACUGUCAUGAUGCCUUAAUUGUAAGGCAAUAUAAAAACAAAUCUGAAGAUGAUAGGAGUUCAGAGUGAAGAUGGCUUUAAUGUUUUGUGUUUCUGUUAAUUUCUGAAAUGAACCUCCUUUCAAAACUGAGUUGUGGGUUUACUAUGUAAUUUGCUGUAUCAGCUCGUCAGAUGUAACUUCUAAAAUCAUUUUAUUUUUAAACUACUGCCUAGUCACUUCUGUUCAAGGACUUUCCAUUUUUUACGGCCGUGUUCUACUCUGAUCUAUUUCUGUGAAUAAUUAUUU